CCGCGAAGAUUUUUAGCGCUUGAUUUUUUCUUCUUCCUUUCCAACCCCUCGUAGCAGUUUUGAGAGAAACUGCAGCGCGAGGGACAGGACGACGGCACCAGUGGUGCCUCUCUAUUCCGGCUACGAUGCCUGCUUCCUGGGCUGGUCAUCUAGCUUCUGUCGGACCUCGACCGCCCCGGCGCGACGGUCUCGGCGACACGCUUUACUUUCGGUGUGCGUGGCAGACCGUUGCGCUCGCUUGGUCAUUCGUUGAUGUUACUCACGAUGGCCAACAGUCUCGUCGCUGAUGAAUACUGCUGGGUAGCGCUCACAUGUCUUGAUGUUGACAAGCUCAUGCCCCUUGGUGAACAGUCUAUCUUCUUGAUCGAUGCAUACAGCUCUGUUCUGCAUGUGACUUGUGAUCCUCUGAUGCUCCAACUGAUUCGUAACUUGGUCGCCGUACCAGCUUGAUUCUUGGUGCAUCCUAGCCAUCUGACAUCAGUGAACACUCAGUGAGCCUAGCUUGCAGCCAAUCGUCGCCGUGAACGCCGUAGGUAGACAUGGGCGCAGGUAAGUUAUGCGGUGACAUCUGGUAAGUACUAUAGAUCUCGCAUCCAACAAAAGAUACCUCUCGAUCAAUAAACUAGUCUUUUCCGAGUCGAUGGACUCGCCAAACGAUAUAUUCCGAUUAAUGUGA